AGUGAAACUAAACUGUUGAGCCACAUUUCAGCCACAAGCAGGGGAGAAAUCACUCAGGGAGGACGAACACCCCAGCAUUCUUCUAGAAAGGUCUGCACACAGCUCAGAUCUGUUCUUUUCCAUGGAUGACACACUGAGGAUUGUCCUGCUGGGAAAAACUGGAUCCGGGAAGAGCAGCCUGGCAAACACCAUUUUUGGGAAGGAAGUUUUCAAAGCCAAACAUUUUACCAGCUCAGAGGUCACUUACUGUCAGAGAGAGACUGAACAUGUUCAUGGCAGGAACCUCACUGUGAUCGACACUCCUGGUUUUUUUCAUUCAGGGCUGUCUGAGAAGGAGCUGAAGGGUGAGAUAUUGAAGUGUGUCGCAGAGUGUGCUCCUGGGCCCCAUGUUUUUCUUAUUGUGCUGAAAGUAGAAAAAUUUACAGAACAGGAGAAACAGGUCAUCAGAAAAAUAGAAGACUGCUUCUCUGCAGAUGUUUUUAAGUAUUGUGCAGUUGUUUUCACAAACGGCAACCAGUUGCAAGAAGAAAUGAAGGUUGGGGAGUUUAUUAGAAAAAAUAAACACCUGGACGAUCUGGUGGAGAAGUGUGGAGGGAGGUGCCAUGUCAUUGAUAAUAAAUAUUGGAAAAACAACCAGCAGGAUGAAACCAGAAACAACCGGUUCCAGGUGGCAAAGCUGCUCAACACCAUCGAGAAGAUGGUGACAGAAAACAAUGGCGGCUGCUACACCAUAAACAUGCUUAAAUAUUGGCAAAAAGAACAACAACCAUCAGUACGCAGUUUAUUUAAGAGUUUAGUGAAAUAUACAAGAAAGAAGCCUAUGUUCUUCAUUUUUGGUGUGGCAUUGUUUGUAGGUAUGAUUACUCUAUGGAGAAGAUGGAGAGAACAUUCUACAGACAUUGUUUAGGGCCUGAAAUUUGGUUCAUAUUGUUCCACUCGAUCAAUCAGUUUAUCAAUUUCAAACAUUUGACAGAUUCUUCACAGCCUGUCUCAAACUGACAGCAGUACAGUCAUGAAUGUUGCUGUAUCAAUACUGAGGGUCUACACAGUAAAAUCAACAUCUUUAGUCCGACUUAAGUUGUUUUCCUACUUUUGAUCUUUUUUGUGUUUCUGUGCAAGUUGAUGAUGGAAAACUUAACUUCCUACAUUUUAAACAAACAUCUGUUUUUCAAAUAUGCAAAUACAUGCAAUAACUAAGUAUAAUUUUGUUUUUUAAAUCUAUAAAUGUGUUUAACUUAAGAGUAACCGUGGUGUGAUUAUCUCUCUUUAUGAUUCUUCUGUCCAGUUUAUCAGAUUGCAAAAACAUAUAUUUUUAAGUUAAAUGUGAGUAGUUUAAUAUGAAAUGCCACAGCAGACAAUGACGUUGAUUAAUUUAAUGUUGUUUUAAUUCUUUUUGCCAAAUGAAAUAAAGGAUUUAAAAUGCUCUUUCACCUAA